UAGUGAUAUUCACAAAUGUGAUAUGUUCAACUAGAGUACUGACUGUUACUUUGUUGUGUAUCCGGUACCCAUAGAUUCAGACAGCACGUUGGGCCUGUAAGUUUGUACGUGAAACUUUGGAUCUUUAUAGAUCCAUUGUUGGUCUUACACUCAGGCCAUUACACGCGAUCAUUACAUAGGUGUGUGUGUAAUUUGAUUCAGGAUUUUGAAAAGGUUAAUUCUACGGGAGAAUGGGCUGUAAUACGAGCCGGUCAGUGGUGCCAGCAGACGACAGUGACGUCACCAAAUCCAGGUCAGAAGCUUUAGAAGCACACAAUGAGAACAGGGCGAAACACCAGGCUCCCCCACGUUCUAUAAGUUCAGAUGUGCCAGCAGACGAUAGUGACAUCACCAGAUUCAGGACUGAAGCUUUAGCAGCACACAAUGAAUUCAGGGCGAAACACCAGGCUCCACCACUUACUCUAAGUUCAGAUGUGCCAGCAGACGAUAGUGACAUCACCAGAUUCAGGACUGAAGCUUUAGCAGCACACAAUGAAUUCAGGGCGAAACACCAGGCUCCACCACUUACUCUAAGCGAUGACCUCAACGAGUACGCCCAGAAUUAUGCGAACCACCUGGCCAAGAUAGGCAAGAUGGUUCACAGCGAUUGUGAUAUGAACGGGGAGAGGCUGGGAGAAAACCUUGCCUACAAGUGGACGUCUGCUCCAGGGGGAGCGGACAUGACAGGCGCGGAACCAACGGAGAUGUGGUACUCAGAGAUUGAAGAUUUUAAAAGAUAUGGAGAUGCCUCAAAUAUAUUCAGUGGUACAGGUCACUUCACACAAGUCGUGUGGAAGUCAAGUAAACAGCUCGGCAUGGGCAAGGCCAAGACUAGCGACGGCAAGGUGUUCGCGGUGGGGAGCUACAGACCCCCCGGGAACUACGUGGGGAAUUACAAGGAGAAUGUGCUACCCCCCAAAAACAAGGCCGAGACUGUAAGGUCCUACAGGAGUGAAGAAACUCACGGCACCCAGCGGGUUGUCAGAACAACCACGACAACCACCACCACCAGCGCUGGGAAGACAACCACGUACAAGACAGAGACAACCGUGAAAGAGGUGGUGCCACAGUCCACGGGUAUAUUUUUGGAGAAAGAGAAAAAAUCUUUUGAGAUAUCCAACCCAAGAGCUCAAUCAAGCAAAUUUAUUCAGAUUUCUAAAGGAAGUGAUUCAAGAUCGACGCAAGCAUCGGAGCCACGACCACAAACAUUCAAAGAAACUUUCAAAAUUUUUGCAGAGAAAGACAAAAAGUCAACACCCCAGCCUUCAACAACAUUGCAGGUUCUUCUGGAUAAAGACAGUAAAACAAAGUUUCAACAGAGCCCUACAUUCUCUCCACUCAGGACUACAGCUUCAGCGAUCGUACAACCGAAAGUUCGAAGUUUGGAGCAGUUCAGACAAGAUGCUUUGAGGGCUCAUAAUGUGCGGCGGGCUAGGCAUGGUGUGCCCCCGCUUGUACUUAAACCAGACCUCAAUGACUACGCCCAAAACUACGCCUCCCAGAUGGCCAGAACCAACAGCUUCCAACACAGCGACUGCCGUCUGGGUGGGGCUAGGAUCGGCGAGAACAUCGCCUACAAGUACUCCAGUGCCGGCCUGGACUACACAGGUGAAGAGGUGACAGAAGGGUGGUACAGCGAGGUCAAAGAUCACAGCUAUAUGUCCGAGGGUUCAACGUAUCAGCGCACAGGUCAUUUCACUCAGGUCGUUUGGAAAGACACGAAGGAGCUCGGGAUUGGUCGAGCUACAAGCCCAGACGGCAAGGUCUUUGUUGUUGGGAGUUACAGACCCGCCGGAAAUGUCAUAGGUUCCUUCCGGUUCAACGUUUUCCCGCCAAAACGUUAACAUACAAACCAAAUGUUGAAAAAUUUACGAUUGUUGCAUUUAUUUUAAAUCCAUGCUUGGUUUUAAUCAUAUAAUUUUCAUUAUUAUUUUUUAAAUUUCAAAAUAAAACUAAAAAUUAACAUUUCAUAACAUUCCCAAAUAUUAGUGUUGUUAAUGUUGUUUAUUAUCUCGUAUCAGUAAAUUAACGAAAUAUCUUCUCUUUUUUUUUUU